AUGUAUGGACAUGCUGCCUAUGGUCUCAGAGUCACCAGGAAAGAGGUUUACUUCAGAAAUGCUAGAGAUAACAACUGUGUUUCGAAUCUCAUUAAUGGAAAAAAAAUGAUCAGGAUAUUCAAUCCUUACACUGAUGAGUGGGCCACUGAACACAGUCGUACUGUGGCUUCAGUAUUUUACUCUUCUUGUAGGCUGGUUGGUGCUGUCCCGGUCCGGGUCUUCUCCAGUUGUUGUUCGGCCUUAGCAAGUGUGUGUGUGUACUGUUGCUGGAGGAGGGAGGCAGGCAGUGUAGUGAGCGAGUGUCGUGGUGAGCGAGUGUCGUCGAGUCGUGAUGGUUUCAUCAGUGACAUCGCCCUGCCCAACGAGGCUUACGAGAGGGAGCUGGCACUUCAAGAACUGGCACUCAAGUCGUCCUCAGCCGCUGCCGCCCACAACCGCACCACCCACACGCCCGCCACCCCCCGCCCACACCGCCCACGGGACCCUCGCCGUCACAGAAGGAAAGAAGCGGAGCGCAAGAAGCGGCGGCGGCUCCACAAGAAGCAUAAACGCAGGCGGGGCGCCAAGGAGCGUGGGCGUGGGCGGGGGCGGGGCAGCAAGCUGAGAGCGGGCGUGGGCGCCGCGGGCAGGAGGGCGCUUAAGAGAUCGAGGGCGCGGGGCAAUCUGGAGUACAGAAGACAACUGAAGGCCAGGGAGCGUCGGGCUGCUACUGCCAGGAAGGAGCGGGUGUGGGACUUCGGUGUGAUCCCCUACAAGAUUGACUCGAACUUUACGGGCGCCGACAAGGGUUUGUUCAAGCAAGCUAUGAGACACUGGGAGAACUACACUUGCAUCCGCUUCGUGGAGAAGACUGAGGAACAUCCCAACUACAUCAUCUUCACUGAGCGAGAGUGCGGGUGCUGUUCGUUCGUUGGUAAGCGCGGGAACGGUCCCCAGGCGUUGAGCAUCGGUAAGAACUGCGACAAGUUCGGCAUCGUGGUUCACGAGCUGGGUCACGUGGUUGGGUUCUGGCACGAGCACACCAGACCAGACCGUGACAACCACGUAGUUAUCAUCAGGGACAACAUCCAGGCUGGUCAGGACUACAACUUCAACAAGCUGACGUCAGAAGAGGUCAACUCACUGGGUCUACGAUAUGACUUCAACUCCAUCAUGCACUAUGCUCGGGCUACCUUCGCUAAGGCAACGUAUCUGGACACGAUAAGACCGCGGCCAGAGCCCAACCAGGAGGCGCUGCCAGAGAUCGGCCAGAGGAUCAGACUGUCAGAGGGAGACAUCGCUCAGACCAAUCUUCUCUACAAGUGCCCAAAAUGCGGGAGGACGUACCAGGAGAACGCGGCCACAUUCUCCUCUCCGUCGUACGUGAAUUCUGCGCCGCCUCCCGGUGGAGAGAAGUGCGAGUGGCGGAUUACUGCUACGCACGGGGAGCGCAUCGUACUCAACAUCACCUCCAUGGACAUCUUCAAGAGUGACGGCUGCAAAACUGACUACCUGGAGGUCCGCGAUGGUUAUUGGCACAAAUCUCCCUCCCUUGGUCGAUUCUGCGGGGGCCUUAGACUUCCAGAGACGAUAAUAUCGACGGGAAGCCGAAUGCUCGUCACCUACGUUACCUCUGUCAACCAAAACGGCCACAAGGGCUUCACCGCUGCCUAUGAAGCUGUGUGUGGAGGAGAGCUGACGAUGGAGGAGGGUCACCUGGAGAGCCCCAACUACCCUGAUGACUACCGUCCCAACAAGGAGUGCAUAUGGAAAAUUACAGUUCCAGAUGGAUACCAGGUGGCACUCAGAUUCCACUCCUUUGAGAUUGAAAACCACGAUGACUGCGUGUAUGACUAUUUGGACAUUCGUGAUGGCCAUGAAGAAAACUCCACAUUAAUUGGGGUUUUUUGUGGUUAUAAGAAACCAGAGGAUAUCAAAUCGGCAUCAAAUAAAAUGAGAAUAAAAUUUGUGACUGAUGGUUCAGUUCAAAAAGCUGGAUUCUCGGCCACAUUCUUAAAAGAAUAUGAUGAAUGUUCCAGUUUAGAUCAUGGAUGUGAACAUAACUGCAUUAAUCAAUUGGGCAGUUAUGAAUGUCGCUGUAAAAUAGGGUAUGAACUCCACUCGGAUGGCAAGAGAUGUGAGGAUGCAUGUGGCGGGAAAAUUGAUCAACCAAAUGGAACUAUAACAAGUCCAUCAUUUCCUGACCUGUAUCCUGUAAACAAGAACUGUAUAUGGGAAAUUAUUGCACCACCUCAGUACCGAAUUACUUUGAACUUCACCCAUUUCGAUCUCGAAGGCAACAAUCAAGAUUGCGAGUACGACAGCGUUGAUAUCCGCAGCAAAUUAGGAGUAGCAGAAAUGAGAAAACACGGGGUAUUUUGUGGACAACGUCUUCCAUCAGUUAUAACAUCAGAGGGGAACAGUCUUCGUAUAGAAUUUAAUUCUGAUAAUUCGGUUCAGAAAAGUGGCUUUGCUGCAGUCUUCUUUACAGACAAAGACGAGUGUGCAACAGAUAAUGGUGGCUGCCAACACAUCUGUAAGAACACCAUCGGCUCCUAUGUUUGUUCUUGUUCGAACGGCUUCACGCUGCAUGAGAAUGGUCAUGACUGCAAGGAAGGAGGAUGUAAACAUGAAAUUACUGCUCCAGUUGGGGAAAUCUUCAGUCCAAACUAUCCAGACUACUACCCUAGUCGGAAGGAUUGUGUAUGGCAGUUUACUACAACUCCUGGACAUAGAAUCAAAUUGGUAUUUGAUGAGUUUGAAAUGGAGCCUCACCAAGAAUGUACAUAUGAUCACAUAGCAUUAUACGAUGGAACUACCUCAGAAGCGGGCUUUCUCGGCCGAUACUGUGGAGCUAAAGUUCCACACCCGAUUGUUGCUUUCAACAAUCAAAUGUUCAUGGUAUUUAAGUCAGAUUCUUCUGUUCAGCGGAAAGGAUUUCGGGCUCGACACACCACAGUUUGUGGUGGUGGUCUUAAGGCUACUAGCACUGUCAAGCACAUGUAUUCCCAUGCUAAAUAUGGAGAUCAAAACUAUGAUAACAAAGAAGACUGUGACUGGAUCAUACAAGCUUCACCCGGGGAAAAUGUCCACCUUACAUUCCUAACUUUUGAGCUUGAGGACGAGCAUGAUUGUGGGUACGAUUAUGUUGAAGUGUUCUCAGGCUAUAGUGACUCAGGACCAACCUAUGGAAAAUUCUGUGGAAAUUCUAUUCCGCAAGAAAUGGUGUCAAUUAAUGAUGCCCUCCUUGUGAGAUUCCGUUCUGAUGACACGAUAAACACAAAGGGUUUUUCUGCUGCCUACGUUGCAAUAGCAAAAGAAAGUUUGACAGAAAAUAGCACUGGUGAUAAUAAUAGUUUCAGCUACAGCUUCUCCAGAGGGUACCUUCAACUUUGAUAUACCUUUGAAGAGUUUCGAGAGUUUCACUACUCUCGGAGCCCGGCCAUGGACCAGGCUCAUCUGGUGCUUGCCUGGUCAACCAAGCUGUUGCUGUUGGAGGCCUGCUGCCCCACAUAUCCAUCACAGCCUGGUUGAUCUGGUACCUGGUGAAGAUACUUGUCCAGUUUCCUCUUGAAGGCUUCUACACUUGUUCCAGCCAUGUUUCUGAUAUCUUCUGGUAAGAUGUUGAAUAGUCUGGGACCCCAAAUGUUGAGAGUGUUCCCCUAUUGUUCCCACUGCACCCCUGUUCUUCACUGGGUUUAUUUUGCACUUCCUCCCAUAUCUCUUACUCCAGUAUGUUGUUAUGGCAGUAUGCAGAUUUGGGACCAGGCCCUCGAGUACUUUCAGGUAUAUAUUAUCAUGUAUCUCUUUCUCCUCUGCUCCAAUGAGUACACGUUCUUUACUGGCGAAUGUGAGCCGUAAUGAUCUCUGUAUUUGUUGCAGCUCUGAUAUUUCUCCUGCUUUAAACAGUGCCAUCAGCACUGAGCAAUAUUCUAAAUGAGGGAGCACUAGCGAUUUGAAGAGUGUCACCACUGACAUUAUUUUCCUUGUUUUGAAAGUUCUCACUACCCACCCCAUCAUCCUCCUGGCUGUUGUGAUCAAAGCCAAACUUCUCCAGAGGGUACCAGCAAGUCAAGCUUUUCCAGAGGGUACCAGCAAAGUCAAGCUUUUCCAGAGGGUACCAGCAAAGUCAAGCUUUUCCAGAGGGUACCAGCAAAGACAAGCCUCUCCAAAAGGGUACUUGCAAUGUCUUAAGUUUUUGCAGAGAGUACUAGCAGUCAGGCUUCUCCAGAGGGUAUUAGCAAUGUCUUAAUCUACAACAUGAUCAACAGUUAUGUGCCUCAACUUCACAUUCCCAUAUGCUUGCUUUCUUGUUCAAACUGUUGCCAGUAAGCUUCUUUAAGUGCUGUAAAUGGGCUCUAGAUGAUUUUUAACAAGCGCAUUCCUUCAAAUGCAAACUCGAGUAAGACGUACUUGAGUUUGGAUUUACCUUCAUUGAACUUUGAGGAGCUGUGGCCAUAAUAAUGAAUAUGUUGCAUGAUACAAAUAAUCAUAAUUCUGUCUCUGUUCUCUCUCUCACUUUUCUUCCUCUUACUAUCACUUUUCUCUUUCUCCCUUUUUUUCUUUUUUCUCUGUCCUUCCAUAAUUGUAUAAACCUUGGACAACACCUGGAUGGUUGUCACUUCUCAGUUUGAUGUUUAUAGUGUGUAGAUAAGCAACAAUAGUUUAUUACUGUGUAUAAUACUGCAUUAUGUUCUUAAUGAUGCCGAUACAGUGAAUGGCUGUGUCACAUUUGUAGUCACAUAUGUUUGAGGUUUGGGUGCAAGUACCUCAUCGUGAGUACUUACUAAGAGACGCUUCUUCUCAUAUACCUUUAGUCAAACCUUAUUUUAUUUAAUGGGGAUUUAGUUCUGUAUCCUGUUAUCAGUUUCAGACUGUACUUGUUAAUGUGUAUUAAAUUUAAAAAUCACCUUUGUCUCACCUGACUUGAAGAUAAAAAUUUAUUUAAAUACAGAAUAUUAAUUGUUGAAAUACAAACUAGGUUAUUCAGAAAAGGUUUGACAUGUUAAGCUGAUUAUUGCAGCAGGUAUGAUUUUAGAAUGUAAAGUACCCUUCACUUCUAUUAUUCCUCUGUUACAUAGCCAGUAAAUUAAAGAUAUCCAAGCCAGCAAACAUGUACAAAGAAAUUUCCAAAACUCAAGAAUUAUAUUUAGUAACUGAGCAGAGAAAUCAAUUGAAAGUAUCACAUCUGAUGGGUGUUCCAAAAAUUUAUGUGGUAGAUCCCUGACUUACGAUGUUCCAGUGUAAUAUGUUCUGUAUUUACGAUCAGGUCACUUUGGAACCGAUGAAUGAACUAUGACUGCUGAUCUGCAGUUACUGUCUUUGUAAGUAUUAAAAAAUAUUUUAAAUAAGUCAUUUUUCUUAUUUUUUCACCAAAUGAAUUCAUAUGCAUAGUAUCCAUUCAUUUUAUGUAUUAUAGAGAGCUAACAUUCAUUUAGUAGACACUGGUCAAGAAAUGUAGAUUUAAUAUUUACAAAUUUCUUAAGAUUGAACUAAAAUAGUUUUCACCAUUAUUAUUUUACAAAAUGCAUUGAUAUUUUGAAUGUUCUUUUUAUGUAUGUGUGGAGAGUUCAUGUUUGUUAGAGAUUAAAAAAUGUAAAUUAAGUAAUUAUGCUGUACUGUUGGGCUGUGAUAGCCACUGCCAGUACUGCCCAAUUACUGGAUGUGUCCUUUGAGUAAGGUGCAGGACAGCUGGAACUCGUGCAACACCUUUACUCGCCAUUAUCUUCCCAUGCUCUAUACCCAGGUGCAUGAACCCUCGCCAUAACAAUAAAGAAAUGAUAAGCAUGGGUAGAGUGUGAGUAAGAUACAAUGAAGAGAAAGGUUGGCAGUGAAUACACGAGUGAGAAACAGAGGGAGACAAUCCAGCUAUUGCCCCACCUUUGUACAUCUAUUCUUUUGUAUAUUGUAGUUUUAUUCUGUUUAAUUAGCAGGUAUAAGUAAAUUAAACAGUGUUUGAUAUUAUUUGUAAGUGUAAAAGAUCAGUACUGAUUUUAAAAUAUUGCCUCAAUAUUCUUAGAAAAAUAAAUGAAAGUACAUACAGAAUAAUAUAAUGAAAUGGGAAUUCAUCUCUAAUUUUAACAUGAGUGUCUUUGGAAAGAAAGGUUCCAAGUUCCCAACAAUUAUCUUUGGAUAAAUUUUUCAGGGAUGCAUAGAAGUCGUAAGUAGGGGACCCACUUUAGUCAGAUGCAGGAAAUACUGUCAAGCUCUUACGUGUAUUUGUGAAAGAAUACCACAAACAGUGCAAAGAAUUGUGCAAUGAUUAGUUAUAAAACAACAGUAGACCCUUGAAUAAGACAGUACGGUAUCUUACACAAAACACAUGUUAAGUAAAUUGAAGAACAUGUAGGAAAAAUAAGGUUACGUUUCUGGGAACUCCAGAAAUGGCAAACAUUUUUCUAAAUUCUUUGUCAAAAAUAAUGAAGUUUUUGACACAUUACAUUUUAGAUAUUGUUUGCCUGUUGAUCUAGAAAUAUAUGCACUCAAAUCCUGUGUAAAAACUUGGUUACCAAAUACUCACUUAUUGAUCCCUGGGGAAAGCUGAUGUUUGAUGCAUAUACUGUCUAUACCUUUCAGUGAAAAUGGGCAUGGCAUUCCGUCCAGAGAAAAAUGGAAAAGGUUAAUAAGCUGCCUCGUAUUAUAAAUAUACAAUUUUAUCAUAUUUACAUAUUUUAUGUAGUUGAAUGUCGAUUAACAUGGUAGUUACAUUCCUGAAAAUGGCAUCUUAUUAAGAAAUAAUUUAAAAUGAACUGAACUGGUGAACAUUUAGGAAAAAUAAGGUUAUGUUCAUUAGAUCUCCACAAAAAAGCCAACCAAUUUUUGUUCUUAAAGCUUAGUAAUUUGUCGAACUCAAAAAUAAGUUUUCUAUUCACUAUCUUACAGUUAUCAGUGCUUGUUAAUAUGGAAAUGUGUGAGGAGGGUUCUGUCCUUGUACAUUAUCUGUGCAAACAUAUGACAAGCAGUCCUAAAACUAUUACCUGUCACAACUAUUACCAAAACCGCAAUCGCCUGCAAACAUAAGAAAAAAUUACCAUGUAUUACCAGCCAUAAGACAAGAUUUUCAUUAAAAUAAAUAUGCUCGGAUUAAUACCCACCAUAAUGUGGAUGUGAGCUAUCCCCUCCAAAACAAAAAUUUGAAAAAAAUUAUAAAUUAAUGAGAAAACCUCAGGUUAUCAGCAAGUCCAAUUGUUAUUGUUGGGUUUAAAGUUGUGACGGCCCAAGGGUCGUUGUGUCCAUCUCACCACUGUGAAAUUAACUAUCAGAAUGCUUUUGUAAACAUAAACUAUUUAAUACAUAUUAAUAAAUUUAUUACAAUAAAAAAUACAAUAAAA